CUCACGGAAAAGUAGUUGGGAUGGCGGCGGAGUGAGCAUCUUUGUUCUUGUGCACUUUGCAGACGAAAACUGAACCUGUGGUGAGUAAAGGCGAAGCUCUUUGAAAGUCAUGCUCCUGCUGCUUUGCGUCUCUCUGUUGUGUUCGCUGGUUUUAUGCGACCGUGGAAGCGCGGCUGGAGAGUUCACUCCGGCUGCGGGACACCCUCUGCAUGUCGAUGAUGGGAACUUUUCAGACCAGCAUCCCAUGACACAAAAGCCCUUUCAACUCCAACGGCAAGCGCUCGAACCCAGGCCAGGUUCUACCUUCAACCUGAAGGUCCAGGUGAAUGAUGUGCUGAGUCGUCAGUACCUGAGCCAGGCAGUGGUGGAAGUCUACGUGAACUACAACAAAACCAACACAACUCUUUCUGGGGAGGAUGGCGGGGUCUUGCUUCAUGUACCUUACCACCCUGGGAUGCUUAUCACAGUUGUGGCCUGCAAGGAUGGCUACAUUUGCACACUCCUGCCUUGUAAUACACACAGAAUGCCAAUAUUUUCAUCAGUGACAUUAUCACUUCAUGGUCGGAAUCAAGGGAACAUCUGGCUCUUUGAGGAUUCUGUCCUGAUCACUGGGAGAACAUCUGAUGCUUCAUCUCAGCCCAUUGUCAGCUUUCCCAAAACCCUGCUGAACCUAACGCACAGCAGCAAUAUCACCUCUGUUAAAGCCUUCCUGACCAUUCCCAGGCUGACAUCAGAGCAGGGGGACUUCCUGGACACUCAGGGCAUCAUGAGCAGUAAAUCAGGAUAUGUCAGUGUGGAGUUAAGCCCCGUGGCGGCUGUCAGCGUGCAGCUUUUCUCAGGGGUCACAGAGUUACACGUGAGUGGGCCCAUACAGAUGAACCUCAACAUUCCCGACAGCUUUGGACUUCAGUCUUCAAGUGUAGUUCCGGCGUGGUUCUUUAACCGGACCACUGGUGGAUGGAUGAGAAAAGGACUGGGAAAGGUGACUUCAGUCCAUGGAAGGCUCAUGUGGGUAUUCACAGCCCCUCACCUUGGUUACUGGAUUGCAGCACCGGUGUCAACUACCAGAGGUUUCUUCGGACUUGCUGUCCCCAUCGACUUUAUCCUACAGCAUUCCUUUUUCCUUAUGCUUCUCUUUGGAGGAACACUUAUCAUUAUCAUCUCUCUUCUGGUUGGAUUAUGUUAUUGCAGGUGUUCCCCUGGUGAAACUAAAGCAAAGAAGGUCCUACCUGUGAUGAAAAAAGACCAAAAUACUUCCACAUGUGAUGACGAUAUCUUUGAGCUAUCUUCAAGGAAAGCUUCUCAUCCACAGGUCCAGUUAUUUGACGAAAAGGUGGACAACAGACACAACGCUUCGUUCAUAGCAAACACCAACGCUGUGGCCAUUAUGCUGGAGAAUAAUGAACUGGAGCUGAACACAGACCGAAAUGAUCUGACAUGUUCAGACAAGACUUCGGAACAAAGAGUUUCCAUAUCUAUGACAGACAGUUUGUUCUUCUACAACCAGCCGGUUGCCAUUCUUCACACUCCAGCUUUAUUCCAUUUGGAGGAACAACCAGAGAAGGCCCAGUGGAGCAAAUCAGCCACUCUGCCCCGCGCAGGGGCUUCGAAUGGUGCUGCUGCAGAGCCUGUGAGUAAAGACAGCUUCACCCAGACUCAGACAAAAGCUCCCUCUGAAACCCAGAACCAGGGAGCAGAAACUGAAGACAAGCUUGGAGUUUCAGAUGGAUCUCAGACAGCAACCUCCGCCAACACAUCCAGACUCCCAGAGUCAGUGUCAGUGCCAGGGACGUUAAAUAAAAUCUUGGACAGCAGACACUCGUUGCACGAACAGUCCAAAAUCACCUCACCUCAGCCGCCUCGGGCCUGGUUCGUCUCACUGGAGGGUAAGCCCGCAGCUGAGAUCCAUUACGCUGUGUCGGAGCAGCAGAGGAGACGGAGACCAGUUGAGAGUCGAGAAACCAGUUUAGACUCUGGGGUGGACAUGAGCGAGCUGAACCAGACGUCUGGCAGGAGGGCUGUAACACUGGAGCGAAACGCUACUUUUGUCAAAAGUACAUCCAGCAGUAAACAUACGCCUGCACAGUGAAGACUCUAAUAGUCUUAUUAGACAGCCACAGCUCUCCAAGGGUAAAAAAACAUCAGUUUUAUAUCACAGGGGACUUGCGUACCUUAAUGGGAAGAUUCAGUAAGAUAUAUAGCAACAUUUCAGCCAUUAGAUCUCAUAAUGUCUGUAUUUCAGCUAUUGUACAUGUAGAAAAGUCCCCAUUUGAACUUGGUGUUCAUUCCAUGUGGCUUCAACAAUACAAAUGCUUUUACCAGCUUCUAACCUAUGUAACUACUGUGUAUGCACUCAACGCCUAAUGUAUAAUGACCUUCUUUAAAAUUCCAUUUAAUUUAUUUU